GAGUGGAGGCUGGUCGAUAAACUCUAACAGAAUUCCGUAUUAUUAUCGUUUUGUUUAGUCCAUAAAAACAACGCGUAGUUAUAGUCUUUUAAACAAAUGCAGUAAGAUGCUUGGCAGAAGCAUUGAUAGUGCAGGCAAGCAACCAACAUUUCAUGUCAUACGUGAAGUCUAUGACAGUUCAAAUGCUCAUGAACGCUUCGAAGCGGAGUUGGACAAAGCGCUCGAGGCCAAGGUAGACUUUAUAAUCAUUGAGCCCCCGCGUUUGGGCGAUGAAACAGGUCGCUGGAUAUGGGUGGGUAACUGUCUACACAAAACGGCUGCGGCCACUGGCGUUGUGUCGAUGAUCUCUAGUUUGCUCUGGUAUGACCGUCCAGUAAUUGCUGCUCCUGUCUGCGCAAUGUCACUAUUUUGCACGGGCUUGUACGCAGUAUCAUGGAACUAUGAUCCUUGUUGCCAGUAUCAGGUGGAGGAGAACAAUGAGGAGGCAUUGAGUAAGCUGCCGCUGACAGAUGUGUCCUCGCCUGUGAUUUUGGGUUAUUCGCCCAAUACCCAAGCCAAAUACUUGCAUCGUGGCAUCACCUUUCUAUCGGCUGCGUUGUGCGCCUGGCAGAUCUGGCGAUCCUAUAAGUAGACGACGAUGUAACAGUCAACAGUAAUACGGCGAGUUAUCUUGAACUUGACUCAAGGGUUCGGUAUAUAAGUUUAGUUAAACGCCACUGCGUAUGCAUUUCUUUUAGAAUUUCGAUGUUUUUUUUUUCGUUUUUCCUUAGUUAAAUUUUUAAAGUGGUUCUAAAAGUCCAAAUUGUCGUAUGAGUGUUCCUGUAGUUGCUUGUUUUUCCACGCAGCUAUUAUAACUCGCGCUUGCAUUAUUUUGAAUGACAUUAUUAUGUAUUAGUAUUUAAUGCAGAGAAGUCCUUAAGUUAAACGUGUUUUUGGUCAACGUUCAAGAGAAAGCACUCUUUAAAUAAUUAAGCAAAAUUACUUUGUGUGUAUAAAGAAUAGUGAUUGUUAUUAGUAUAGAAAUUAAAAGCAGUGCAAGAAAGUUAAUCAAUUAA